UCAUCUUGUGAAUACCAUUUAUAUAAACCCAACUCCCACCUCUCAAGAAUUGAGGCCCUCCCACCAGAAAACGUUGUCUUUGGUUCUGCUUUCCAUGGAUUGUGUAAAAACUGAAUUUGAUGAUUUGUGCAUAACUGAAGACACAAACAACGCGAGUAGGAUGGAUAAGAGGAAGCACAUUGAUGCUCAAGAUGAUGAUGAUGAUGAUCAGGACCGCAAGUACAUAUCCAAGAACCUCAAUGCUGAGAGAAGGCGGCGCAAGAAACUCAGCGAUCGACAACUAGAGCUUCGCUCCUUAGUCCCAAUUAUCACCAAUGCAAGAACUCAAAACCCCUUUAAUUAUUUACAUUUCCUAUUUGGUGUUGUUUCCAUAAUAAUGAAAUAAAUUGUUCCAUAACUGAGAAAGUCUGUUGAUUUAGAUGAACAAAGCAACCAUAAUUACUGAUGCAAUCACUUACAUUGAAGAGCUACAAAAAUCUGUGGAAGACCUCACUGACCAACUACACCAAAUGGAGGCAACUUCUGUUGCUGAGGAGAACCCCAACUUCAAAGAGAUUGAUGCAGAACAAGGGAUGAACAAAUGGGGAUUAGCACCGGAAGUUCAGGUAAACCACAUCGGUGGGACUAAGUACUGGAUUAAGAUUGUAUUCCAGAAGAAGAGAGGGGGGCUUACUAAACUAAUGGAAGCUAUCAGUGUGUUAGGAUUUGAUAUCACGGAUACAAGCAUUACCACCUCUGAUGGAGCAGUUCUUGUUACUUUGUCUGCAGAGGGAAUUCACGGUGGACUGUCCGAAGCUGACAAGAUCAAAAAGUUCCUCCUAGAGGUUAUUGGUAACAUCUAGAUAAGUUACCAUUCACAACUUGACAUCAUUGAAUCAUUGAUCCUGACAACAACCAAUAAGGAUGUUUGAAGAUGGAGUUCCAUGUACGCGGGAUGUGCUCACAAUAGUACUCAGUUUGCCGGAAGCUGACACAUUGAUGCAUUGGGUCAUUAAUUUUCAACAGGACCAUUUUAUUCAUCAAUUUUUCACAACUAAAAGAAUUUAAUGAAGUCUCCUUCAUCUUCAGUUAGCUUACGACUGUAAUCAAGAAUUCAUGAUUUUUUAUUUUAGCAGCAUUCAAACUGCUCCAUUCAUGUGAACCACAGUGCUGAUU